GGGGCCCCUGUGUCCUUGCCCAAACUCAAAAAAGCCUUAGAAAAAGAUCAGGGGCAGACUGACAACUCAUGGGGUCCCCGGGCAAUAGGGGAUUAUGGGGCCCCCGUGUCCUCGCCCACACCCAAAAAAGCCUAUGAAAAAGCCAAUGAAAGGUACCAGGGGCAUCUCAUUGGGCCCCCUACUGACCCUGGACCCUCGGGCAGUGCCCGAGUGGCUAAAUGGUCAGUCCGCCCCUGCUUGAGAUACUGCUCUUUUAGCAAG